UGGAGCUGCUGUUGACAGUACAGACAGACUCAACGCCCACCACUGUCCUCCGACACACAGUGAAGAUACGUUUAUUAUUUUUACCAAGUGGGGUUUUCUGGUGUCUUGAGCGGCUGGUCGCCUAUAUUUAAUCCACUACAUUUAACAUUGCUGCGAAGAUGAAGUUCAAACCAGGCUACGGUCAGGGAGGCUACGGUCAGGUGCAAGCUGCAUCCCAUGGAGCCCUCUUCUUCUCGGUCUCAAACAUCGGUCAAUCCGAUGCACCACUUCCUUAUGUUGCGGCCCCAGUUGAUGGAUUCUGACAUGGACUAUGAGAGGCCAAACGUUGAGACUAUCAAGUGUGUGGUGGUAGGGGACAACGCUGUUGGGAAGACCCGCCUUAUCUGUGCCCGGGCCUGUAAUGCAACACUGACUCAGUACCAAUUGCUUGCUACGCAUGUACCCACUGUCUGGGCCAUAGACCAGUACAGAGUUUGCCAGGAAGUUCUGGAGCGAUCUAGGGAUGUGGUGGAUGAGGUCAGCGUGUCGUUGCGACUCUGGGACACGUUCGGGGACCAUCACAAGGACCGACGCUUUGCAUAUGGAAGGUCGGAUGUGGUGGUUCUAUGUUUCUCCAUCGCCAACCCCAACUCCCUGUACCAUGUAAAGACCAUGUGGUACCCUGAGAUCAAGCACUUCUGCCCCCGGGCUCCAGUCAUCUUGGUGGGCUGCCAGCUGGACCUGCGCUAUGCUGACCUGGAGGCAGUCAACAGGGCACGACGGCCACUAGCAAGACCGAUUAAAUCCAAUGAGAUUUUGCCUCCAGAGAAGGGCCAUGAGGUGGCCAAAGAGCUGGGAGUGCCAUACUACGAGACCAGUGUUGUGGCUCAGUUUGGAGUAAAGGACGUAUUUGAUAAUGCCAUCCGAGCUGCCCUAAUCUCACGGCGCCACCUGCAGUUCUGGAAGUCUCACCUGCGCAAUGUGCAGCGGCCCCUCCUCCAGGCCCCCUUCCUGCCUCCCAACCCCCCUCCCAUCAUCACUGUACCACCUCCCCCCACCACCACUGAGGAGCAUCCUGGCCGUCUUCUAGAGGACCCCCUGUGUUCCGAUGUCAUCCUGGUCCUACAGGAGAAGCAGAGAAUCUUCGCUCACAAGAUCUACUUGGCCACGUCCUCCUCCAAGUUCUAUGACCUCUUCAUCCUGGAUGCCCGACCUGAGGAGUCUGAGCGGCCCACGCGCGCCACCGCUCUGUCUGGCCGCGAGAUGCUGAUGCGUGCUGCAAGCUUCGAUGUGUGUGAGAGCACUGACGAGGGUGACAGGGCCAACCUGCGGGCCUGCACCAGUGAUGGAACCCUGAGAGACUCUGAGGGAGGCCGGAGGGGCAGACUGCUGUCUACCUUGAGCAGAGCUUUUGUCAGCAUCCAGGAGGAGCUGGUGGAUGACCCAGUGACCUACAACCCCAGGCCUAUGACCGUGGUGUACAUGGACCAGUCCAUGCAGCUGGGGCCCUUCCGCGCUGUGCUGCGAUACCUGUACACAGGCCAGCUGGAUGAGCACGAGAAGGAGCUGAUGCACAUUGCACACAUUGCUGAGCUGCUGGAGGUCUUUGACCUGCGCAUGAUGGUGGCCAAUAUUCUUAACAACGAGGCCUUCAUGAACCAGGAAAUCACCAAAGCCUUCCAUGUACGACGAACCAACAGAGUCAAAGACUGCCUGGCCAAAGGCACCUUCUCUGAUGUAGCGUUCAAGGUGGAUGAUGGAACGAUCAUGGCCCAUAAGCCCCUGCUCAUCUCCAGCUGUGACUGGAUGGCAGCUAUGUUUGGGGGGCCCUUUGUGGAGAGCUGCACCAAAGAGGUGCUGUUUCCCAACACAACUCGCAGCUGUAUGAGGGCUGUGCUAGAGUACCUCUACACUGGGCGUUUCUGUUCCCGCACUGACCUGGAUGCCAUGGAGCUCAUUGUUCUCGCCAACCGUCUUUGCCUCCCACACCUGGUUGCACUUACAGAACUCUACACAGUGACAGUAUUAAUGGAGGCUGCUAUGAUGGGGGCUGAUAUUGAUGGAGAUGUGCUGGUGUACCUGGAGAUGGCUCAGUUCCACUGUGCACAACAGCUAAGUGGCUGGUGCCUUCACCACAUCUGCACCAACUAUAAUAGUGUGUGUCGCAAGUUUCCUCGAGACAUGAAGGCCAAAUCUACAAACAACCAGGACUACUUUGAGAAGCACCGCUGGCCACCAGUGUGGUUCCUGAAGGAGGACGACCACUAUCAAAGAGCACGGAAGGAGCGGGACAAGGAGGACUUCCUGUACCAGAGGAGGCAGUGUAAACGUGCUAUAUUCCUGCUGCAGAGAAGCAUCAACCAAAGGGAGCUGGUAGCAGCACCAGGACAGGAAUCUGCUGCACUAUCACAAUUACAUAGAUAUAAAGAAGCCUUGUAUUGAAAUGUUUUUUCAGUGUUAAUAGCCUGGUCUGACAUUUUUCCCUCGUCAACAGGUAUUUGUUUUUGUUGUUCUGGAGAGUUACAGGUGUUUGUAUUGUUUGUUAAGAGCUGUAAAUCUGGAGUUCUGUAGCAUGUGUCCUUGAAAUGUGUAAAUAGUGUUAUAAUAAAUCUAAAGUAGCAGCCUGCACAUGGAUGUCCCCGUUUAUGAUGUUAUAUAUUGAAACUUGUCCAUUAGCCAAGUAGGACGUGAGUGAACGAUCUCAACUGGCACGUCUCCAGUCAUUUGUUGUUGCUGACAGGCUAUGAUGCUGCAUGUGGUCCAAGGUGUUCGAACUCUCUGGCUGCUGGGCUUUCUGAGGUGCAUCAGGGAUCAGGCCAGACUCUGACAAGAGCCCAUUGGAUGCUUCUUUGUGCAAGUAACCACUACCUUUUAGGGAUGAUCUAAUGUGAAAAUGCCAUGCCCUUUUCCAAUGCAGACGUUCUAUAAUCCUGCAUUACUCAGGGAUGAGAUUGGAAGAUUACUGCCUUGUGUAAGUAAACAACUGUCCGUUUCUUCACUGGGGGGUUAGAAGUAACUGAUCGUCCCUGGGGAUCGUCAACUCGGGUUGAAGAUUAGCAAAGAACAGGGUUCUCCAUAGAUAAAAUACAACUGCCUAGCCAGCGCUGAGAAAGGUGAGGGGAAUCUAUAAUGCAUCUGAUUCCAAAAUAUCAUUUGAAUUAUCUUCUUUAUUUUAACACUAGAGUGCACUAAAGCACAUAGACGUACAUCAAGUCAAAUUGUUAUAAUAAUUAUUCAGGCCUCAGUCAGUGAAUGCAGUGAUGAGAAAUUUUGUUGUCUUCGGUGUGUACAAUAAACAUAUUCAUCAAACUGUUUAAUUAAUGAAACAA